CUCCCUUGAAAGCCGCUUUCUUCCUUCAGGUGCUUCAAUGUACCAACAACACAACUGCCUUCUUUCCUAAACCUAACCCUAAAUCCCCAAAACCCAAAAAUGGAGAAUCACUCUUACUCUUCCUACCCAGACUCCGGCAAUUCAUCGCCUCGAUCUCGAGAAAUCGACUGCGAGAACGCUUCUUGGGACGAGCCUCUUUCUUCCAACUACAAGGUCAAGUUCAUGUGCAGCUAUGGCGGCAAAAUCCACCCUAGACCUCACGAUAACCAGCUCACCUACGUCGGCGGCGACACCAAGAUCUUGGCCGUUGAUCGCAGCAUCAAAUUCUCUGCCUUAAUUUCUAAGCUAUCUGCUUUGUGCGAUUCUCAGGUCAGUUUCAAGUAUCAGUUACCUGGUGAAGAUCUCGAUGCGCUGAUUUCGGUGACGAAUGAUGAAGAUCUCGAGCACAUGAUGAUGGAGUACGAUCGGCUGUGCCGUGCGUCGGCCAAGCCGGCGAGGUUGAGGUUGUUUAUGUUUCCGCUGAAUCAUCCUCCGGCGACGGGGUUUGGAACGGGUGAGACGAAGUCGGAGCGGCAGUGGUUCGUGGACGCGUUGAAUUCGGUGCAGAUCCAGCCUCUGGAUGUUUCUUCGCCGCCUUCUGCGGCCAAUCCGGACUUUCUGUUUGGUUUGGAAAAAGGACACGCGCCGCUGCCUACGGCGGCGAAAGUGCAAGAUCUGCCGCCGCCGCCGCCGCAGAUGGUUCCUGAAACUCAUGCCGUAUUGGAGGAGGAUCGGCAUGUGAUUGGAGAACCGGUGGUAACGCCGGCGGACUACCAGAGGCAGAUUCAGGAAUUUCAGAGACUGCAGAUUGGUGGACAUGAACAAGGGAUGUACCAGAGAAAAAUUGAUGAAGCAAACCCUAGGGCAUAUGCUGGAGAUUAUUACGCACAGAAACUCCCGGAGAAACUUCCUCCGCCGCAACCAGUGACAGCUCCGGCGUCGUACUGGCAGGAAAGGCAUUUGACCACCGGAGGUUACCCCGUCGCCGCUGCAACAGGACCGGAACCACCGGUUUACCUCAUCCAAACGCCGUCUGGGGUUUACCAAACUCCGGUGAUGCGACCGCUGACCGGCCAAGCAUUCUACGGAAUACAAAGGACAGUACCGGAGAUGUACCGGGAGCAGCCGGUGUACAACGUUCCACCGCCGUCGAUUCAGCAACCUAAGGUUGGAGGUUACAGCGAAGCCAUAGGAAUGGUACGGCCGCCACCACCGGCUGCGGCGGCGGUUGGUGGAGUUGGGGUGGCGGAGCCGGGAUAUUCGACGGUGACUUAUGACGGAGGAGUGCGGCAGGUGUACUAUACCACGCAGGGAGGGGUGGUGCAGCCGUAUCAGGCGGUGAGUGCGGUGGCUGCUCCGUCCGUUGAUGGGAGGCAAGGCGGUGGUGGUGGCGGCGCGUGGAACCCAGAGGGUGGUAAGGUGGUUGCCAGUGCCUCACAAACUCCCCCAGUGUGAUUUUUGUUAGUAUAUUUUUCAUUUCUUUUAAAUCAAUAAAUAAUUUUGUUAUUCAUAGAUUUUUGUGCAUGUGGUGUGGAUUAUGGUAUUUGGUUGGCAACAUUUUUUGUGAAUAUAUAUGAUCUUAUGUUCUUGAUA